GCUGCUGCGCCAUGUUAUCGGGGAAAUGCUUCAAAUCACGGUCGCUUCUUGGCCGCGAGAAGAUAAACGACAAGGUGUUUGGAACGCCAUCAAUACUAAAUCAAAACUCGACAUCUUCAUUCGUAAGCUUUGAAUUUGUACCGUUACCGGCCAGCGAAGCAGCUGGUCCGAAACGGUUUUAGUUUCGUUUCCAUUGGUUCGAAGGCCACAGCGGCUGCCAUGGAUUUUUAAGGCAUAAUGCGGCAUCUCUAAUGCAACGGCAAUGCAUAGUGCAAGGCAAAAUCAACUGCGAAAUUCCAUCUUCGCAACUGCCAAGCAGUUGGGCUCAAAUACCGUCCGCGGUAUACCCGUGAGCCAACCGGUACCACUCCUCCUGGACCGGAGGAAGCUAACACUAGCUAGCUAGUCAUCGUAGCUAGCAACAUCGAUUUAAAAGAUUGAUCCCAUCGAUUCAUCGUCAACACUAUUGAAAAUAUGAAGCCUCAAGAUGUCACCACCGGGAAGUCCAACAGCCUGUGGAUCUUCGGGUACGGGUCACUGGUGUGGAAGCCUGACUUCAAGUACAAGAGGAGCCAGGUCGGCUACAUUCAAGGCUACAAGAGACGUUUCUGGCACGGAGACAACUUCCACCGCGGGAACGACGAGUUGCCCGGAAGAGUGGUGACGCUGAUCAAAGAUGAUGACGCCAGCACUUGGGGUGUGGCGUUCGAGGUGACAGGCUCUCAAGUCGAGGAGUCCAUGAAGUACCUCAAUGUGCGUGAGACUGUCUGCGGCGGCUACGUCACCAAAAUGGUGGAGUUCUUUCCCGAGGGGGAGAACCAGCCUCCGGUUCAGGCGCUGGUGUACAUCGCCACCUCGGACAACACGCUCUACCUUGGGCCGGCCAGCCCGGAGAUGAUCGGCAUCCAGAUCGCUGUGUGCAGAGGGAAGUCGGGCCACAACCUGGAGUAUCUUCUCCGGCUGGCUGAGUUCAUGAGGAGAAGCUGCCCGCACGUGGAAGACCAUCACCUGUACUCCAUCGAGGCAGUGGCACUGAAAGUGGUGUCCUAUGUGUUAGCAGCCCAGUAGCUCGUACCCUUUGUUUCACCAGCUUAUAUAGUGGAUCAAUGCAUUACACGCACGCAUGACAUUAGGAGUUUUGUUUUUCUAAAACAUGACGACAUGUUCAAAUUGUAACUAUACACCUGUAUGAUGUUGUUCACUGUAAACAUCUGUGCAGCUCUGCUUUUAAAAGGCACAUUAAAGUUUUCUUGAUUUGCACAA